GAAAGCACACCCAGUCACAUUAAAGAAGCCAAACUGUCUGCUUCAAAGAGAAAAGGCAACAUCCUGUCGCAGGCCAUGCUCUGGCAAAAAUCCACAGCUCCAGAGCAAGCUCCUGCCCCACCACGGCCAUACCAGGGUGUUCGAGUCAAGGAGCCAGUGAAGGAGCUACUGAGGAGAAAGCGAGGCCAUGCCAGCAGUGGGGCAGCUGCCCCACCUACUGCGGUGGUGCUGCCCCAUCAGCCCCUGGCAACCUACAGCACAGUGGGUCCUUCCUGCCUUGACAUGGAGGUUUCUGCUUCCACAGUGACAGAGGAGGGGACGUUGUGUGCUGGCUGGCUCUCCCAACCUGCCCCGGCCACCCUCCAGCCCUUGACUCCAUGGACACCCUACACGGAGUAUGUGUCCCACGAAGCUGUCAGCUGCCCUUACUCAGCUGACAUGUAUGUGCAGCCCGUUUGCCCCAGUUACACAGUGGUGGGACCCUCCUCGGUGCUGACCUAUGCUUCCCCACCACUCAUUACUAAUGUCACGCCAAGAAGCACCGCUACACCUGCUGUAGGGCCCCAGCUGGAGGGUCCGGAGCACCAGGCACCCCUCACCUAUUUCCCGUGGCCUCAGCCCCUUUCCACGCUGCCUGCCUCCAGUCUGCAGUACCAACCUCCAGCCCCAGCCCUGCCCGGGCCCCAGUUUGUCCAGCUUCCCAUCUCUAUCUCAGAGCCAGUCCUUCAGGACAUGGAUGACCCCAGAAGGGCCAUCAGCUCCCUGACCAUUGACAAGCUGCUUCUGGAGGAAGAGCAAAGCAACACCUACGAGCUCAAUCACACCCUCUCUGUGGAGGGCUUUUAGGGCUGCCCUGCGGCUCACGGCCCUCUCCCUGGAAACUGAGAUUUCAGAUGAGUUCAGAAGGAGCCUAGCCGCCUGUUUGAAGUGGCUCUUCCCUAGGUAUUCCUUCUGCCUAAAGCUGAGCUGUGUUCCUUCUUUCCUCCUCUCUUCCCUUUUUGCUUCCCUUGCCCCCUCCCCAGUCCACCUCCCUCCCUGUUUCUUCUUCCAGUUUUCUUUCUCUGGAGGGGUAAAUUAUAGUGGUGUUCUGAGCAGAAUCUUAUACUGAAUGUCACCAAGUCCGCAGCUCAGAGUUUCCCCUUGAUGUCAUGUCGUUAGAGAAGCGCCUCCUGUUUUCUGGUAGCAGUAGCAUUAUAGACCUUCCUUAAGAUGGCUUAGCCUGUCUGUCAUGCUGAAAUGCAUGGGAUCCCACAGGGAGGCUGAAGCCACCUUCUUGGGCUUCUAUAGUCCUGGUAGGCAGGCCCAUUAUGUUUCAUUUCAGUUUUUAUUUUAUUUUAUAUUUUGCUGGAGAAGCCAAGCAUUUGCUAUGGAGUAUUUUUCUGUUUCUGGGGUACUCUGCUCCUGAGGCGGAUGUGUCUUUGGGAAUUGGCAGGCUUUUUGCUAACGGUACCAUCAUCCCAGGGGCACAUCUUAGUCUGUAGAUUCCACGUAGAAGCAAUAGACGUUUCUGGAAAAUGACAAUUUCUUUGAUUCUCCACCCCCUUUUCUGUUUCCAUGUUCAAGGAAAACUCCAAGAAGCCACCUAUCAUUUUUUUUUUUCAUGCUUCGUGCUUAUUUUGAUUCAGAUUUCUCAAUAUCUACCUAAAAUCCUGGUAUGCUUAUCCUGAACUAUUUGUAUUCCACUUUAAUAUUUAGAUAAACAUUAGACUGUAGAAGAUAAGUUUACACUCGCGUUGGUGGUUACCGUGGACAGGAAGGGGGGGAUGCCCCAGCAUAUUUAAUUAAGGGCCUGUUGUAUAUAAAACACUAUUCAAGAUUUUCCAGCUAAUAGAGGGUUUGAGAAGACACAGAAGUGGCAUCCACGGAGGAGUUAACACUGG